AUGGUUGUGGGGGGGACGGUCCUCGUCCUGGCCCUGCUGGGCUGGGGCCUGCAGCGGCCAGCGGUCGGCGACCAGAGCGACCAGGACGCGCAGCAGCGGCUGCAGCAGGAGGGGGAGCGCGGGAGGCAGCAGCCACCGAGCCCGCUCCUCGGCGUAGACGUGCUCUUCGUCGCCUGGGAAGUGGCGCUCUUCGCGCCCUUGGCCGGAGCCCUCGUGCUGCUCCUGGGGCUCUUCCGCAAGGCCACGCGCCAGGACUCCGACGACAGCAGCGGUGACGAGAGCACCUCCAGCAGCGAGGAGGAGGAGGAAGACCCCGCCGAGCAGUGGGGGCACAGAAGGUUUCUGGAGCACAUCAACCCGUGGACAGCGCAGCGUCUGGCCAGAAGGAGCAAGGUGGUAGAGGCGCUGGUGGGCGACCUCGUCCAUGCCUGCCAGCUCCUCACCUCAAAGACUCUUCUGCCACGGCUGCAGCCCUGCAUCGGGGUAGGCAGCGCCUUUGAAGGCUGGAGCCCCGGCCGCGACGCCACUGUCUACAGCCUGCUUGUGCCCCUGAAGCCACCAACGGGGUACUCCUUCCACCUGGAGCUGGGCACCGGCGGGGAGCUGCCAGCCAGGCACGGCCAUGUUCGCGUGCAGCUGCAGUGCGUGUGCCAGAGGCAGCGGCUGCUGGGGGACGCGCUGUGCUUCCUGCACCACCCCGAGGCUCAGCGGGGCAGGCACGAGGGCCCCGACUUCCUGCAGCACCUCUGCACGCACUCCUACCUGGACGUGGGGAAAACCACCUGCUGGCUCCAGCUGCUGGUGAUGAACGCCUGGCUGCUGCUGCCGGCCUCGCACCGCUGCAAGCUGAGGCUGCUGCCCUCUGCCCGCUCCUGCAAGCUCCGGCUGGAAACCCCCUCCGGCAUGCCCCUGUUCAUCGACAUCGUGCUUGGCGUGCAGCAAGGCCACUCGGGGAUUUACCUCACCGGCCAGGAGGCAGAGGCUGGCCUCACCAGCAGCACCACGUGGCUGGAGAGCUGCGCCGUUCCCGAGGCGCUCUUCUUCGGGCUCGUGGCCAGGCAGGCCCCCCGGGACACCUGCUACCUGGAGUGUCUGCAGCUCUUCGCCCGUCUCCUCAGGGGCAACAGCUUUUCCAGCUACUGCUUGAAAACAGUGGUGAUGCACCUCCUCACAGCCACCCCGCUGACCAGCUGGCGCAGGGCAGAGGUGCUGGAGCGGCUCAACGAUGUCCUGCACUACCUGCACCACUGCCUGGAGCAGAAACAGCUUCACCACUUCCUCCUAGGCAAUGACAGGGUGCCCGUGCAGCUCCUGCUGCCCACGGCCUUCCGAACGGCCAGCCCGCUCAACCUCUUCCAGCACCUGGUGCAGGACCCACCUGCCCACGCUCAGGCGCUGCGUGACUUUGAGGAGCUGCAAGAUCGGCUUUGGAGCCUCUUGGAAUGA